CCGUGUGCAGGUAGUUGUGAAACAUUUCAAAAUUUAUAGUUCGACCAAGCGGGUCGAACCCCCUCUUCGGGGAACCGAAAUAUUUUGACAGUUGUUUGCAAAAAGAACAACAUUAAAAAAUGACAACACUAACGUGGAUCGGUCACUUUUCGCGAUAAUGUCUCGUCGCCGUUGGUCGGAGUAAUUUUCUUCCCCCGCAGAAAUUUCGGAUUUUUUCCGCAUAAAACAGUCGUGAAAAUCAUGAUCGUUAACUAUCGUAUAAAGGAACGUACCGUGUAUCGCUUAGUGUGACUGCGUGCUCGCGCAAUUCGCGUCCUCAUUCGCCCCGGGGCUUUGAAAGUCGCUCCGAGAGAAACCGCAGCGAAAAUCGUUCCCAUUUCUCGAUCUGCGAUCCGAGUGUGGAAAUCAUGAAGUUGGUUCAUAAAAACAUUGACAAGGCCGGCGACGGGAGUGUGGUGUUGAUUCCCGAGGAACCGGAAGAUAUGUGGCAUGCGUACAACUUGAUCGCCGAAGGGGACCAGGUCCGCAGUAGCACCAUCCGGAAGGUUCAGAAUGAAACAUCCACGGGUUCCUCGUCGAGCAGUCGAGUGCGCACCACUCUUACCAUCCGGGUCGAGUCGAUCGAUUUCGAUACGCAGGCACAGGUCCUUCGCCUGAAGGGGCGCAACAUUGAGGAGAAUCAGUUUGUUAAGAUGGGUGCGUACCACACGCUGGAUCUGGAACUGAACCGCAAGUUCCAGCUCACCAAGCCGGAGUGGGACUCGAUUGCCAUCGAGCGAGUCGAGAUGGCCUGCGACGUCACACAGAGUGCCGAUGUGGCCGCCGUGAUCAUGCAGGAUGGGCUGGCUCACGUGUGUCUCAUCACGGCCAGUAUGACGCUGGUGCGCAGCAAAAUCGAUGUGUCCAUUCCGCGGAAGCGCAAGGGAAACGUCCAACAGCACGAGAAGGGGCUGGCCAAGUUCUACGAUGCCGUCAUCCAGGGCAUUAUCCGGCACGUGAACUUCGAGGUGGUCAAAUGUGUGCUGAUUGCGUCGCCGGGGUUCGUGAAGGACCAGUUCUUCGAGUACAUGUUCCAGCAGGCGGUCAAAACCGACAAUAAGGUGCUAUUAGAUAACAAAAGUAAAUUCAUGUUGGUUCACUCGUCGUCUGGUUUCAAGCACUCGUUGAAAGAAAUUCUCCAGGACCCGGCAGUGGUGGCCAAAAUGUCCGACACCAAGGCGGCCGGCGAGGUCAAAGCCCUCGAGCAGUUCUACACCACGCUCCAGUGCGAACCGGCCAAGGCCUUCUACGGCAAGAAGCACGUGAUCAAGGCGGCCGAUGGCCAAGCCAUCGAAACCCUUCUGAUUUCGGAUAAUCUCUUUCGAUGCCAAGAUGUCGCCACCAGGAAAGAGUACGUCCAGCUGGUUGAUUCGGUGCGAGAUUCCGGCGGCGAGGUCAAAAUCUUCUCCAGCAUGCACGUGUCCGGAGAGCAACUGGCCCAGCUCACCGGCGUUGCGGCAAUCCUUCGCUUCCCGAUGCCGGAACUCGAGGACAGCGAAGACGAACAGAGCGAUUCCGACUCGGAUUGAAGGGCCGGUCGUGAGUCGUAAUCCCCACUCUGGGCGCUUCUUAGGUAGCAAAAGUGUUUCAAGUUUUCGGUCGUUAUCGAUUGAUAGUAACAGUAAUUUAUUUCACCACACCCCGAACCACCUGUCCCACCCCAUACCGUGGAAAAGGAGCAUGGCCGUUUUUUGAGAUACCCAAGGAACUGAGAAAGGCUUAAGCCUCCCAACUAACUAACUGAGGAUAGAAGAAGAAGAAGAUGAAUCAUUUAUAGGAUAUAAAGCUUGCUCUACUCAUUUUACCCGAUACUGCGCAAAACGAAUCAAAUAUCAGGUUGAAUUUGGUAUGGUUGAUUGUACAUAUGCAUAUGCUGAAUGCGAUAUUUUUAUUUUAGUGACCAAAACUAUUAACUUAGUAAUAAAUGAUGCCAUAGCAUCUAAAAAAGGGA